UGCAGGGCCCUUUGCAGUCACCAGAGUCUCUCGAAUCUUCGGCUUGCCAUGGCGAAGCCGGACGAAGAAAAGCUUCGUGAAGAGUUGAAGGUGCUUUUGCAAGCCCAGGAGCUCCAAGAGCUUUCGCUCCGUCGAGAUGCCAUGAUGCAGAAGGCCCAAGCGGCCGAGGCCGCCGUGGAGGCCGAGCGCCAGGCGAUGGAUGACUUGGAACGGGAGUGCCACAGCUUUGACUUGCGGAAAAGGCAAGCGAACGAGGAGGAAGCCAACUCCCAGAGCUUGGCCGAGAACAUCUCCGCCGAAUUGCAGACCUUUGGACCCGCGAACAUCUCGACGGAGUCGAAGAAAGGUGGCAAAGGUGGGAAGAAUGGCAAGGGCAAAGGAAAGGCCAUUGUGGUGUCGCCUCCUGCUGCCCUACAGGAGGAGAUUGCUAGCUUGCGAGCACAAGUAGCGCAAGAGCGUCAGCGAGCAGCACAGGAGGAUGAGGCGCAAGAGAGAGCAACACGUGCACGGGUGGAGGAACAGUGCAUGUUGUUGAGGGCCCUCAUCGACAUGGUCACCGGCUCCGGAGAGCUCUCAAAGGCGAACUGGAGGGAGGAAGAAAGGGAUCUAGGUGCUUAUGGCGUUUUUAUGGCGGAGAAGCGCCGCUGGGCAACGAAUGCGCUGGGCUGGCGGAUUCUUCCGCGGAAUUCUUCCGCGUUUGCAUGUGACACCAGCCCAGAGUUCGCCAAGGUCGAUGAGCUUUGCCAUAUUCUCCCGGGAAGGUCACAGGAUAACUUCCUUUGUCAGGCCUGCGAAGGAAAGAAGGCCUCCGAGGUUAGCAAGAUGGGAGGAGCAGCUUGGAAGAAGCUGUCCGAAGCGGACAAGGUUUCGAUUGCGGGCACAGCGGGUGCAUGA